AUGGCAGUGCCUCCGCCAGGAGAGACGUACGACUUUGAUCACUCGCAUCGCCAUAUGUACAGGGCCAACAUGGCGGUGAUCAUCACGGGAUUGAUCACUUGCACGGGCUGUCUCGCUUUGCGAGUGUAUACCAAAGCAUAUCUGCUGCACAAGUUCGGAUGGGAUGAUGUCUCCAUCAUCCUUGCCUGGGUCUUUUCAGUUGGCACCCAAGCCUGUUCCAUCUACGGAUACGAACACGGAGGCAUGGGCAUCCACUACUGGAACGUGACCCCCACAGAAUUCAACAUCUACACCAAGACCCUCCUCUCGGCAGUCAUAAUCUACGUUCCCACCCUCGCCCUCGCCAAACUCAGCCUCAUCGUCCUGUACCACCGCACGCUCCGACAAAAACGCUACCCACGAUGGAUCCUCUACAGUCUAGCCCUGAUGAUCAUCGGCUACAGCUUCGCUCUCAUGUUCGCCUUCCUCUUCGGAUGCCAUCCCAUCCAACGCGCCUGGGAUGCAUCCGUGGGAGGGACCUGUCUCGACCAAUACACGUUGUAUAUCGCCACCGCCGUGCUGAACAUCAUCUCCGAUGUUGCCCUCAUUCUGGUCCCCAUCCCGACGGUGUGGAGGUUACAUAUGCCAUCGAUUCAGAAAGUUGGUUUAUUGUUGAUGUUUAUGAUUGGUUGCGCAACCCUGGUGACCGGUAUUCUCCGCCUGCUAAGCCUCCUCCCAUUUCUCAACUCCAAAGACCCAACGUACGAUAUCGGCCUGCCAAAUCUCCUCAUCAAUAUUGAAGCCAACUUCGCCAUCAUAUGCAUCUGUCUCCCCUUCCUCCGACACUUCCUCCGUCGCUACGCGCCCCGUUUUAUCGGCGAAAACAGUAGUCUGGCCCGUCGGUACAUGAACUAUACGUUGACCGGACGAAGCACCACGCCUGGUCGUCGGAAGGAGAAUCGGAGUCCGUUGCAGGAUGAGAUUGAGCGGGCGGAGAAUGGCGCCGCGGUGGGGAUUGUGAAGAAGGUGCAGGUGGAGAUUAUCACGGAGGAUAGGUCGUCGGGGAUGGAGGGGGGAGGGGUGGGUGUGGGUAGGCAGGAGGUGGUGGUUUGUGCGGAGUAG